UUCCGUUUUCGUGCGAGCUUCCACUCCGAGCCUCACUUCGAUCUUACUCGGCCCCCCUCUGAGGUUGUGGAUACCUGGAGGACGGGAUGUCAUCCUUGUGGUGACAAUUGAAUACCGUGUGAAUGAUCGAGCCGGCUCGAGCCUCUCCCAGAACGAGCAUUCUUCUAGGCCGACGCUGACGUCCGCGUAAAGCUGCUAUAGUUGACGUUACCUUCCGAAGAGAGCAUCUCCUUUAGCCUGGAGACCAACGCCCAAUCGUAAACGACGUAAACUCGCCGCACGAUAAGAGGAAUCCAUUGUUUCUUGAAGGGGCGUUCGAAAGCCUAGGACAUCAUUUCGGCUAGCCAAGAGCACGAGUCAGUGGACUUAUAGAUCGUUUUCGGCUGCGGAUCGUGUCUAGGUGGUUCCUUGAGCUCCGGGAAUAAGUUCUAAGCAUCGCGGAAAAAUGAGGGCGGAGCUUCUGCUGGGGUUCGCCCUGCUCGGGAUCCUAUCACAGCAUCGAGUAGAACCCUUGGCCAGCGAAUCGUCGUUCAACAAUCGCUUCAGGCGAUGCCAGCCAGAAUUUAUGAAUCAACAAAUGGGUCAAGACCUGAAACGAGUGGCGGGUCAGGUGAUCCCCACCGGGAUGACGAUGCAUUCUUUCAUCAGCACUGUCGAACGCUGGGAGAGAAAAUUCAUGAAACCCGGGAUAGCUGCUCGUGACUCCGCGUUGGCUCUCCUACAUUGGUUUGCGUUGCCCGACUUCGUUCUGAGAGACAAACGACCCGAGCAGCCGUAUAUCGCUCGAAUGCGCUACGAACUCGUGAGACGAGUAUUCAACAAUGAGUUCUCGCGCGUCUCCAAUUGGGAUCUCGACAAUAACCUGGAGAAUGACGACCUGGAUGACCAAUGCUUUCUGCUACGGGCUCUAAGUCACACGUACGAGGAUGUUUGCCCACAAAACAACACUUCAAAUGGAAGACUACCCCUCGGCCAGAAUGGCCAAGAAGACCCCUUCGGCAACAAUCAGCAGGAUUCGGCCCAGCAGCAGCAGCAGAGGUUCCAGUCGAAUCUGAAUAACCAGCGUCAAAGAGGCUCCCCUCUGGGAGGCUUCAACGCGAACCGGAACUCGAACAACAAUUUCAACACUUACAAUAACAACAACAACAACUACAAUAACAAUAAUAAUAAUAAUAACAACUACAACCCUCAAAUGCCGAACCGUCAAGCGGCCGUGCCGAACUUGCGCAAUUCUCAAGCUCAUCUGCUUUCCUUCUCGCGGAACAACAAGCAAAACUGCGCUCUCAAAGAGGAAGGAGUUGUCAGUAUCACAGGACUCCGCGAGGACGCGGUCGCGAUCGGACCGGUGCUCAUGGGCAUCGCCGCAUCGAAAAUGCAGUACAGCGGACGAGAUCAGUGGAACCCGAGCGAUAACUUCGACGAUCAAGGAGGAUCCAAUAUCGAAGCGAAUCCUCUGUAUCUCGCAACCUUGGGCCAAGAAAUCGGCAUGGCAGCCUACUAUAGCUUGGCGGAGGAUUUGGAGCGUGGCUCGAGCUACGCGAACAAAUACGAGUACGACGUCACCGGAAAUUGGGAAUUCCCUGGAUGUCUCCUCGCGUAUUACUUGAAUACAAAACAGAGCGUGGCCUUCAGCCGAGCUCAGAUGAGUGGUGCAAUCGACGGUGCUAUACUCGGUUCGCUGCUGAACAAGCAGAACUUCGAUGGAUUGACCCUGGCCGAACUUCUCCGCCUCUAUUACUCGAACAACUUCGUGAAAGCCGACGCUCAGUUCGCGAGCGUCUGCAAUCGUGCCUCCUUGUACGGAACACUCGACAGCACGGCGAUAGCGCAACAAGCUCUGCUGGUUGCGGAGCACCUGGUGGGCAAGGAUGCGCUCGCUGAUUACGGCGGCCAGACGAGUUCAUACGUAUCGAGAGUCAUCGGAAGAAUCGAGGCGGAUCUGUCCCCAGAAUACAAGCCGGAAUUAUGUCCGAGGAACAACUUAGAGCAAUGCUCCGGCCAAGCUGACCUGCACGUGAUACUCGAUGCUAGCAGCCAAGUCGUGGACGUCAGGAGACGUCAGGCUAACAUAUUGGGUCGAAUUGUAAACGGAAUGGAUUUCCGUGAGAGGCGGAAUACGGUGCACGUCUACUCCGGCUACAGCGGGAACGGGCUCCGCAAAUAUCCGGAGAAUUUCAGUUUCCAGAGUCAGAAACAAAACGAUACGUUCGGCUUCACGGCAUCAGGCUGCCCAGCUUGUCUCGCGCAUCACAUGGAACCGAAUUUCGAUGGUCGCAGCGAACGGGAGCUCUUCAUCGCACUCAACAGAACCCUCAACGACUUGAAAAGCAGCUCGAAACCCUUGAGCAAAGAGCCCGCGUCGGCCGGACGGGUGGUUCUGUACUUCCGGAUGUCGGGCCAGCCCAUAGAGGACGCAGCCGCCGCGGGAGAUGCAUUGAUCAGCUUAAGGAUAGCCCAUCCCGAAGUGAAGAUCAUAGGAAUCGGUGACGAGGCCUCGCUCAAACAAAUCAAUGAUCGUUCGGGUGGACUCCCGUACUUCGACGAGUCGGCUCUGGAUUCAGAACUGCGCUCGAGCCGAAGAGAUCCAAUGGAUUCUCACUUCGAGCAAAUCAAGCGAGCCAUUUGUGAGACACCGAUAAACCUACAGAACGUAGAAUGUGGCUACAACAACAAUUUCAACAAUGUCAACAACGGAAACAACAACAACAAUAAUAAUAAUAAUAGGUUCCGUACUGGAGGUACGAACCGCGAGUUUUCAUCCGGAGUGAACCCUCGUCGUGUGCAAUUUGUGUCCUACGAUUCGCACUACUUCUCCGGGAGUGACCAGUUCACUGUUCAGUUCAAGACUGCUUCCGCCGGGAACAUCAAGGUUUGCGACCUGUCAGCCGAUUAUGAGUACGCAAAUCCCGGUCAAGGAUUGAGUAACCCGAAUAACGUCAACAAUAACAACAACGUCAAUAGUAACAACAUCAACAACAACUACGACCCAAAUCGAUUCUGCUUCCAAACAAGUAGCUCCCUGAGGUCCAUCACCUACAAUUACACGAGACGCUGUUACGACGGACCCAGGAGUUGCGCUGCGCUGCGCUACGCAGUCGUCGGGCUCGACUCCACUUCCAGACCAACUCAGAAUUGCAGAGCGCCGUUCUGCGAAUCGCCCGUCUCUGCGGUAUACUCUGUCCAACCCGAAGGCAUGAGAUGCGCUUCGUCUUCGACCCUCGCAUCUAUCGCGCUCAUCGUCACGUGUCUGAUCGCGGCAUUCCGGCAGGCAUAAGCGCGCUCCUCCUGCUCGGUCGCGGUGAUGGUAUAUCGUAAGUCGUAAGCUUUCAAUCAGAAAGUUCAUCUCCUUUGAUUGGCGAGACGAGUGGAGCUCAGAUUUCACGUGACGGUCAGAGUCUCCGCGCCGGCGUCGCGCCGAUGAAGUUCAUAUGCGAAUGCAGCAGAAGGAUACUUAUUUCUUAUUUAUGUAUGUACGCAAGCGAGCGCCUCCAACUGCCUCUAGGGACUGCAAAAUCUGAUGGUCUCAACUCAAGCAUUUACAUAUAUUCUUCUCGUCCUAUGAGGAAAUCGUCCGGCGACGGUAUCUGGGCAAAUGCGUGUGUUUGUGCUGUCAGGGCAUGACUGGAUGUCAAGAAACAAUGACUGUACAUUUCUUUCGAUCGGGAAUAAAGCUUGCACGAUGAUU